UUUUUCUACUGCAAUUAAGUCAGGACUCAUAUCUCAGACUUGGUGUCUCUACUGCUCAGUAAUGGCUGCUGCUGCUGCUUCUUCUGCGUCUUCUCAGGGGCGCUAUGAUGUGUUCCUGAGCUUUAGAGGGGAAGACACCCGCAAUAACUUCACUGCCCAUCUCUGUGAGGAGUUGCACACCAAAGGAAUCAACACUUUCAUAGACGAGGAGAAGCUCGAGAGAGGGCAAGCCGUAUCUGCUGCACUUGUUUCUGCUAUUGAAAACUCCAUGUUUUCUAUCAUUGUUUUAUCAGAAAAUUAUGCAUCUUCUAGAUGGUGUUUAGAGGAGCUGGUGAAGAUAAUACAGUGCAUGAAAAACAGGGGGCACAGGGUUCUCCCAAUUUUCUAUAAUGUGGCUCCCUCGGAUGUGAGAAAUCACAAGGGAAAAUUUGGAGAAGCCUUGGCUAAACAUGAAGAGAAUUCCAAGGAGGGUAUGGAGAGGGUGCAGAUUUGGAAGGAUGCUCUCACUCAAGUCACCAAUUUCUCUGGUUGGGAUUCAAGGAAUAAGUAAUUAUUUAAAGCUUUUUUUCACUCUUACUUUUAUUUUUUAUUUUUAAUAUUGCCAUUUUAAAUGCUCUUGCUAAUUCAACUAUUAGUUAUUACAACACAAAGGGUAUGAUAAUAUAUACCAUGUUAACAUUAUCUGAUUAAAGGACUGGGUUCAUAGGAUUUAGAAAUAUUUUACUGGACUUUUUUAAAUUAGAUAUAAGAUACCAACCAUAUCUUGACACAUAUUCUCAUAUUCUCUUUAUUUUUAUUAUCUUUUUGUAGAUAGCUGGACUUAUUAUGUGUUUAUGCUUUAAAUAUGACAGGAAUGAGUCUCUACUAAUCAAGCAAAUUGUUAAAGAUAUUUUGAAUAAAUUGUUAUCUUCAUCCGGUAGUGAUACCAAGAAUCAAGUUGGAAUAGAUGCUCACAUACAAGAAAUGGAAACCUUAUUAUGCUUGGCGUCAGAUGAUGUUCGAAUGGUAGGAAUAUGGGGCAUGGGUGGAAUAGGGAAAACAACCCUUGUCAGAGCUGUUUAUAGUCGAAUCUCCUAUCAAUUUGAAGGUUGCUCCUUUCUUGAAAAUGUUGCAGAGGGUUUAAAAAAGAAGGGCUUAAUUGGGUUGCAAGAGAAACUUCUUUCUCAUCUAUUAGAGGAAGAAAAUCUAAAUAUGAAAGAACUCACAUCUAUAAAGGCAAGGCUCCACUCAAAAAAGGUCCUUAUUGUUCUCGAUAACGUGAAUGAUCCAACAAUAUUGGAAUGCUUAAUUGGAAAUCGGGAUUGGUUUGGUCAAGGAAGUAGAAUUAUUAUAACGACUAGGGAUAAACGUUUAUUACUUUCACAUAAAGUCAAUCUUUAUAAGGUUCAUAAAUUCAAUGAUGAUGAAGCUCUUGAGUUUCUUGCACGUUAUUCAUUAAAACACGAACUCCUUCGAGAAGAUUUCCUAGAGCUUUCAAGAGCUGUGAUAUGUUAUGCUCAAGGCCUUCCAUUGGCUCUUACGGUUUUGGGUUCUUUUUUAUUUAGCAUGAGCAAAGAAGAAUGGAGAGAUCAAUUAGACAAAUUAAAAAGUAUUCCUAAUAUGAAAAUUCAUGAAGUUCUUAAAAUAAGUUAUGAUGGGCUAGAUUUUGAGGAGAAGAAUAUAUUUUUGGAUAUUGCAUGUUUCCUUAAAAGAGAGGAUAAAAAUUACAUUAAGGAAAUACUAGACUAUUGUGGCUUCUUCUCAGUUAGUGGUAUACGAGCUCUCGUUGAUAAGUCACUCAGUAAGUUUUUUUCACAAUAGGAUAAUGAUGCAUGACUUAAUACAAGAAAUGGGUAUGGAAAUUGUUCGCCAAGAAUCUCAUACUCCCGGCCAGCGUAGUAGAUUGUGGCUCCAUAAAGAUAUCAACGAUGCAUUGAAAAAAAACAUGGAAAAUGAAAAAAUUGAAGGCAUAUUCCUCGACUUGUCUCAUUCACAAGAGAUAAUAGACUUUAGCACUCAAGCCUUCCCAAGGAUGUAUAAACUAAGAUUGCUCAAAGUCUAUGAAUCUAACAAAAUUUCAAGAAACUUUGGAGAUACCUUAAAUAAGGAGAAUUGUAAAGUGCAUUUUUCUCCGAACUUAAGAUUUUGUUACGACGAAUUGAGGUACUUAUAUUUGUAUGGAUACUCUUUGAAAUCAUUGGACAAUGAUUUCAAUGCAAAGAAUCUUGUUCACCUCAGCAUGCAUUAUAGUCACAUUAAACGACUUUGGAAAGGAAUCAAGGUUCUUGAAAAGUUAAAAGUCAUGGAUCUCAGUCACUCCAAGUCCUUAAUAGAAACCCUAGAUUUCUCAAGAGUCCCCAAUCUUGAACGAUUAGUUCUCGAAGGUUGUAUAUCUUUGCAUAAGGUACAUCCGUCUCUUGGAGUUUUGAAUAAACUCAAUUUCUUGAGUUUGAAAAAUUGUGAAAAGCUCAAAAGUCUUCCAAGCAGCAUGUGUGAUUUGAAAUCCCUCGAAACAUUUAUUCUUUCUGGUUGUUCGAGACUCGAAGAUUUUCCUGAGAACUUUGGGAACUUAGAAAUGUUAAAGGAACUUCACGCAGAUGGUAUUCCUGUAAGAGUACUACCCUCCUCUUUUUCGCUCUUGAGAAACCUUGAAAUAUUAUCCUUUAAGGGAUGUAGAGGACCCCCAUCUACCUCAUGGUUGUUGCCAAGAAGAAGUUCAAGUUCUACUGGUUCCAUACUGCAUCA